AUGGAAAAUAAAUGUUUAACGUCAAUCAAAAUAAAAUGUCUUUUCAGAGUCGGUGAAGACGGUCAUUGGGAUGUUAAAAAUGCUAUAAUAACAUCAAAUAACGAAACGAGUUAUCAAGUUGUCGGAUUAUAUCCGUUUACCGUUUAUAGUUUUCGGGUUGUUGCAACAAACAACAUGGGACCCAGUCAACCGAGCAAAGAAUCCUAUUACAUGGUGACUCUACGAGAAGUUUUCACCGGAAAUUAA